UUCCGAAAGAAUUCAGCCACAACCAAAAUCCCUAGCUACAAACACACAAGUGAGUGAUUUCAUUUUGGUUAUUAGGGAAUGCAUAGAGAUGAAAUCAAAUCCGCGGCUAUCUAACGGCGAACGUCUUAAUAAGCCGUUCGCCGAUAGAAAUUGCCAUCGCAAACACCUUUCCAUCUUAUAAAUUAAUCCGUUACUAAAUUUUGAUAUACUUGCUUUAAUCAAGUAUACACAAAUUAAUUAUGGUGGUUAUAGAGAAAAAUGGAACCAACGGCGUCCUACAUGGAAAAUACGAGCUAGGACGCCAGUUAGGCCACGGAACAUUCGCCAAGGUGUAUCACGCGCGAGACGUGCAUACCGGGCGUAACGUGGCAAUGAAAGUCGUGGCUAAAGAAAAAGUAAUCAAAGCCGGUAUGACGGAACAAAUAAAGCGAGAAAUCAGCGUGAUGAAAAUGGUUAAACAUCCUAAUAUAGUCGAGCUUCACGAGGUCAUGGCGAGCAAAACAAAAGUUUAUUUCGCCAUGGAACUCGUCAAGGGCGGGGAACUUUUCUCGAAAAUCGAGAAAGGGAGAUUGAAAGAAGAUGUGGCUAGAAGAUAUUUCCAACAGCUAAUAUCUGUUAUAGAUUUUUGUCAUAGUCGCGGUGUGUAUCACCGCGACUUAAAGCCAGAAAAUCUUUUACUGGACGAAGAAGGCAAUUUAAAAGUGACCGAUUUCGGUCUGAGUGCUUUUGCCGAUCACAUCCGGCAAGACGGAUUGUUACACACAACGUGUGGAACACCGGCUUAUGUCGCGCCGGAAGUGAUCGGUAAAAAAGGAUAUGAUGGUGCGAAAGCCGACUUAUGGUCAUGUGGGGUUAUUUUGUAUGUACUUUUAGCCGGGUUUUUACCGUUUCAAGACGAAAACGUAAUAGCCAUGUAUAAGAAAAUUUACCGUGGGGACUUUAGGUGUCCCCCGUGGUUUUCAUCCGAUGCGAGGAGACUAAUUACAAAAUUACUUGACCCGAAUCCGGAUUGUCGGAUAUCCGUUUCAAAAAUCAACGAAUGUUCAUGGUUCAAGAAACAAAUACCAAAAUUAUUGUUUGUCGAAAACAAUGUUGUUUUUGAUCAUAUGAAAUGUACCGAGGCGGACGAUGAGACACUAAACGCAUUUCACAUAAUCUCGUUAUCCGAAGGAUUCGAUUUGUCCCCGUUGUUUGAGGAGAAAAAACGCCAAGAAAAAAAAGAAAUUCGGUUCGCGACAACUAAGCCGGCCGAAACCGUGGUGGAUAAGCUCGUUGCGAUGGCAAGAGCAACGAAAUUUAGCGUUACGAAACGUGGAAAUGAAACUAGUUUGAUGCUACAAGGAAAUGAGAUGGGGAGAAAAGGCAAGUUGGGGAUAAAGGCGGAUAUUCGGGCGGUGGCGCCGUCGUUGUUGGUGGUGGAAGUGAAUAAAUCGAGUGGUGAUACGUUGGAGUAUAAUGACUUCUGCUGUAAGGAGCUCCGGCCGGCGCUUAAAGAUAUUGUGUGGACGUCUCCGGCCGGCUAAAAGCUAGUUAGUUUGAUGGCUGUUUUUGUUCUUUUUUACAUUAUUGGUGGUUGUCUUUUAUUAGUCGUGUUUUUGUUUUCGUGAUUUCCAAAAUAUUAUAAUGGAUCAUGGAAUUAUUGUGGUGCAGAGGUGGAUUACUGCAUCAUAUGUCUUUUGUGUUUUUAUUAGCAAUUGAUUGAGAUACUUUUGUUUUCUUAUAUGUUGUUCGAAUUUGGUGUAAACAAAUACAUACGAAUUAAUGGAACUUGUUUUGUUUA